AAGAAAAGUGUAAAGAGAGUUGUGAGAAUUGUGAGGAAGAUUGUAAAAAAGACUGUAGAAAAAAUGGUAAAGAAAGUUGUAGAGAAAAGUGUAAAAGAGAAGUGUGUGAAGAGUACAGAGAAGAGUGGAAGAUUGUGAAGAAGACACUAUAG